AUGAUGGGUGAUAUGUUAUGGAAAUUGUAUGAUAAGGAACACAAUAAAACAACAUAGAAGAAUUAUAUUUAUGACUAAGUUGAUGAAAACUAUCAUCAAUUAGCACUAUUUGCUGAUUUAGAUGAAAGAAUGAUAUAUGAAGUUUAAAGAAAUAAAUAAAUCAAAUUUAAGAAGCAUUCAUUUAAUAAUGAAAAAGAGGACUCACCUAAUGUCUAUUCUAGAGGAAAGUAUGCUGUCGGAUUAUACUAAAUUGAUCAAGGUUAAGACUUUAUUAGAAAAUAAGUAGAAACGAUUCAUACACUGGACGAAGAAGAUUUAACAACAUUAAAUAUUCAAAAAUUUUUAAAAUAUGUGUAUCUUGAUUUGUAUUAUUUCAUUACUUCAUAUGGGAAAAUGAGUUUACUAAAUAAUUACACUAGAAAAAAAUAAAAUCAAACUUAUUUUAUAAAAUAUCUCACAUAAAAAGAGAUUAAACUUUAUUAAUGUACUUAAUAAACAUCUUUCAACAACCUUAAUAUUAAGAUAAAAGGAAGAGAACAAUUUUUAUUGAAAGUUCGAUUUGACCCUUAAAAUUUUAGAACAUUUCUAUCAGUAAAACCAUCUAGUUUUUCAAUACACUUCAUCUAAUUACUAAAUAUUACUUGA